UAUGACUUAAUUUUUUAAAUUAAAUUAUGAUUUGUAUGCAUAUAGGUAAAUAAAAAAAAAAUCAAACAUUCAAAAUAGCUGUACUAAAGAUAAGAUUUCACUUAAAUGUAGAUUUUAUUUUCUUGUAGUUAAAUUACAGUAUAUUGUUUUUUUUUUAGCUUAUUGCAGAUGUAAGGACGGCUACUUUGGUGAAAGUUGCCAGUUUGGACCAAACACUGUGCCACUUAUUUUUGGAGCAGAGAAAACUUGUAAUAUUCAAGAAUCUUCUUGUGAAACAGUCAGGAUAAAUAGGGAUUUUUUCACAUCUUCUGAUAAUCUUGCUUGCCAUAUAAACUUUGCUGCGGUGGAUGUACCAAGUUGGAUGUACACUCCCUACACGACGCAGCGCCUACAUCACCGUCACAAACGAUGGCGUCCGUCAGAGUGAAAAUGUUUACCUUCAUGUUGUCCACAACUCCAGCUGUCAGACUUGUGUCAUCAAUGACAACAAAACUGAUGUUGACUGUCACAUGAUUACAAAUGUGUGUGUAAUAGAAGGACAAUGUUACUUACAACAGCAAGAAGACUCAGUGGAUUCUUGCAACAUCUGUAAUCUUGAUAGCAGCAACACUGUAUGGACCAGGAAAACUGAUUCAGCAUGCAAGGAAGGCUUGUCUAAUGAAGCCAUCAUUGCCAUCAGCGUGGGUUGUGCUGUUUUUGGGUUACUUCUCAUCCUAGUCGUCAUCAUAGUUAUCCUUAAGAAAAGGAGAACAGGGAAGUCAGCAUAGAAUGUUCACUAUUGCUAUUAAAUCUGGGCUGUUUCUCUUUCUACUACAGUGAAAUGAAAUCAAGA